UUCAAGGCUUAUAACGUUAUCAUCGGAUGACAAGAUUUCGAAGUUUCAAAGUUUAUAACGUUAUUAUCGGAUGAUGAGAUUUCGAAGUUUCAAAGUUUAUAACAUUAUUAUCGGAUUACGAGAUUAUGAAUGUAUCAUUCUCGUCUUUAAUUUCAGGGUUUGCAAAAUCUCACCUUAUUAUGUUUAAAGCUGUGAAGAAAUCAGCAGUAUCAUAGCUAGGGUUUACUUUCACCGCCGUUUACAUCCAAUUUUCAAACACUACAGACAAAAACAACUCUGUUCUCUCCAUUUGAAUUUUUCCAUGGCGGGGGAAGAAGACAACAACAACAACACAGUUGCUUUCACAGGGGAGGAAUCCAUUCCUGAUAAUCAAGAAACCAUAGCUGCUCCUGAUGAAGCUUCUGUUGAUGCUGCCGCUCCUCCGGCAAAGAAACGUGGCAGAAAGAGAAAAACGGAGAAGGAAGCCGAAACAGGCGAAAUCGUGAGAAGAAGUGAGCGUGCCAAGAAGAGUAGCAGAUCAUUGAACGAGGAUUACUUGUUAGAUGUAGAGGAGGAGCUGGAAGUUAAGAAGAUUAAGGGGAAACGUGGUAGGAAGAAGAAGGUGGCAACCGGUGUUGGUGUUACUGAUGAAAUCAAUGCUGCUCAGGAGGGGGAGAAUCCUGAAUGCAUUGAACAGCAACAGAUGGGGAUUGAAGAUGGGUCCUUAUUGGUCUGUAAUAAGGACACUAAUUGCCAUCAAUGUAAAAGAAAUGACAAGGGCAGGGUUGUGAAAUGCACGAAAUGCGACCGGAAGAAAUUUUGCAUACUUUGUAUUAACCGUUGGUAUCCUCGCUUGAAAGAGGAGGACAUUGCCAAGGCAUGUCCAGGGUGCUGUGGUAAUUGCAAUUGCAAAGCAUGCUUGCAAUCACUUGCACUUAUCAAGGCAAUUAAAGAUAAGCGAGAAACCUACAAUGACCAUGAGGUUGAGCUCUCCAAGUAUAUGUUGAAAAUACUUCUUCCGUAUUUAAGACAAUUGGAUGAAGAACAAAUGGCCGAGAAGGAGAUAGAAGCAAAGAGACAAGGGCUCUCAUGUUCUGAGCUAAAAAUAAAAGCCGCAGAUAUCCCUAAAAAAGAGCGUGUGUACUGUGACAACUGCAAAACGUCAAUAUUUGACUACCACAGAAGCUGUACAAAAUGCUCUUUUGACAUUUGUCUCCUUUGUUGCUGCGAGCUUCGUGGUGGGAAGCUUCUAGGUGGUGCAGAUCCAAUCAAGUUUGAGUUUAUCUACCGAGGGCUUGAUUAUCUGCAUGGUGGAAAUGAUAAUGAAGAGAGAGUAAAUGAAAGUGAACCUCGUGCUGCUGCCCAACCCGAGAUUCGUGAAUGGUCAAGAUCUGGAUGGCUUGCAGACAGUGAUGGUAGCAUUCCCUGUCCAAAAGCCGAUGAUGAUUGUGAUCAUGGUUUCCUUGAACUGAGAAGCAUACUUCCACAAAAUUGCAUCUCUGAGUUAGUAUGUAAAGCAAAAGAACAUGAAGAAACAAUUAAGCUUCAAGAUGCAGAGGAGACUUCUGAUAGUAGGUGUUCUUGUUUGAAGCCUGUUUUGAAUGCAUCUGAUAUACACAAUAGCACAAGGAAGGCAGCUUCUCGUGAAGAUUCCAGUGAGAACUUCUUAUACUGUCCCAGGGCAGUAAAUCUAUGUCAUGAGGAUUUAAGACAUUUUCAAUGGCACUGGAGCAAAGGGGAGCCUAUAAUUGUUAGCAAUGUACUUGAAUGUACAUCUGGUUUAAGCUGGGAACCGUUUGUCAUGUGGCGUGCAUUCCGUCAGAUAAGUAAUACCAAGCAAAAAACUCUUUUGGAUGUGAAAACUAUUGAUUGCUUAGGUUGGUGUGAGGGAGAUAUUAAUUUGCACAAAUUCUUUACUGGGUACACAAAGGGUCUCCUGGACUGGCUUAAUUGGCCUAAGGUUUUGAAACUGAAAGAUUGGCCUCCUUCUAAUUUAUUUGAGGAAAGUUUGCCCCGUCAUUGUGCUGAGUUCAUAUCUUCCUUGCCGUUCAAAGAAUAUACAGAUCCUUUCAAUGGUGUUCUAAACCUUGCUGCGAAGUUGCCUAAAGAUGUUUUACAGCCAGACAUGGGCCCAAAAACAUAUAUUGCUUAUGGAUUUGCUCAGGAGCUUGGGCGGGGUGAUUCUGUGACUAAGCUCCAUUGUGAUAUGUCAGAUGCAGUAAAUGUUCUGACUCAUAUUACUGAAGUGAAGUUGGAUUCUAAGAUCAUUAAUGCCAUUAAAACACAGAAAAAAAAUCACCUUGAGCAAGACAAGAGGGAGCUAAUUGGUGAUAAUCGGGAUGGAGAGCCCAGCAUUGACAUGCUCGAUAAUACAUCUUCUUCCAUAAAUGCUUCGUACGAGCAAAAUAGUGUUCGAUUUGUGGAAAAUGGAAGUGGAUUAUGUGAUGAAAAGGUGGUUGAUCCAGAGCUCAAAGAAGUUGAUAAAGAAAAUAGUUUAUUGGUUGGGUGCAAUUCCUUAGAUGGUGCUCUCUGGGAUAUUUUUCGGAGAGAGGAUGUACCUAAAUUGGAAGAAUAUUUAAAGAAGCAUUUCAGAGAGUUCAGGCAUGUCUAUUGCUCUCCUUUAAAGCAGUUUGUGAAGAAAAUGUUAGCCAAGUUGUUACCAAAAAGCAACAAAUACAAGGCAGCUGGCAGCCGCAAAAAUGUUGAUUGCAAAGGGAAUCUUUAUUGGAGAAUGGACACCUUGUGUUGCAUACAUCUAAUGUUGGAAGAAUACCACUUCAUAAAGAUGGCAUUGCAAAGGGUUGUUCACCCCAUCCAUGAUCAGACAUUUUAUUUGACUAUCGAGCAUAAAAAGAGGCUUAAGGAGGAGUAUGGAAUUGAACCCUGGACUUUCGUUCAGAAGCUGGGAGAUGCUGUUUUCAUUCCGGCUGGUUGUCCCCACCAAGUCCGAAAUCUGAAGUCAUGCACCAAGGUUGCCCUUGAUUUUGUCUCUCCUGAAAAUGUUGGCGAGUGCUUUCGUUUGACAGAGGAAUUCCGCAAACUUCCAGUAAAUCACAAGUCUGCAGAGGACAAAUUGGAGGUGAAGAAAAUGAUUAUAUAUGCUAUGGUUGAUUUGGUCAAGAAGUUGGAGAAAGCAAGGUCUGGAGAAACCAAGGUUCCAAUGUAAAUUAUAGAUGAUCUCAGAGAUUGAAUCUGAAUAGGGAUGUAAAUUUGAGGCGCGUAGUUAGGUGUGGUGAUCUUGGAUUCUUUGUAUUGCAACUGUAAAGGCAAGAAUCCAUAUUUUGUUAUGUCUGCCACACCUUGAGGAAGCACUUUUUAAACAAUAUAUGACUUGUAAUGGUGUUCUUAGAAGGAUCACCACUUGUAUACCCUGUGUACUAAUUUUCGGGUUUGUCUGGAAUAUUGCAGAAGCUAACGCUAGCACUGUAUUAUUAAACUUUUGAAUGCGUUAAUGAUGAGAUACUAAGUCACCUUGAUGCAAAAUGCUGUAGUUAUUGAUUUGAAA